UAGCCACCUUAUGGUUUGCAAGUAUGUAAGCUUUCUGUGAUAUCGCCCUUUACUGUGAAUCCCGGCUCGUGCCUAGCAGUUCUCAAAGAUCGUUAUUGCAUUUUUGAUCUCGAAGUACAAUAUAUUUGUUAGAAAUUAUUAAUUUUUAGGUCAUCGUGAGAAAAUAUAGACAUAAUUGCAGUAAAUAAUAUUAUACAAUAAAAUGAACGAAUUUAAAUUGCCUAAAGCUCCUAAUGGUAUAGGAAUUGCCGCUUCAUGCCUUGCAGCGGUCGGCAUGACGGGUUAUGGCUUUUGGAAAUCUAUGUAUACAGUGGAAGCUGGUCAUAGAGCAAUUAUAUUCUCUCGUUUGGGAGGAAUUCAACAAGAUAUAUUAACCGAAGGUCUUCAUUUUCGUAUUCCAUGGUUUCAUUGGCCAAUUAUUUACGACAUUAGAAGUAGACCUAGGAAAUUAUCUUCCCCUACAGGCUCCAAAGAUUUACAAAUGGUCAAUAUUUCUCUUCGUGUGCUGUCUCGUCCUGAUGCAACUAUGUUACCAGCAAUGUAUCGUCAUUUAGGUCUUGAUUAUGAUGAAAAGGUUUUGCCAAGUAUUUGUAAUGAAGUAUUAAAAUCAGUUGUAGCAAAGUUUAAUGCAUCUCAGCUAAUUACGCAGAGACAACAGGUUUCAAAUUUAGUAAGAAAAGAAUUAACUGAACGUGCUAAAGAUUUUAAUAUUGUCUUAGAUGAUGUGUCAAUAACUGAAUUAAGUUUUGGUAAAGAAUAUACAGCUGCUGUAGAAUCUAAGCAAGUUGCUCAACAGGAGGCGCAAAGAGCUGCGUUCUUUGUAGAAAAAGCAAAACAGGAGAAACAACAAAAAAUUGUUCAAGCAGAGGGUGAAGCAGAAGCUGCCAAAAUGCUUGGCUUGGCUCUUAGUCAAAACCCAGGUUAUUUAAAAUUACGAAAAAUCCGUGCAGCACAAAACAUUUCUCGCACGAUUGCUAAUUCUCCCAAUCGUUUGUAUCUUAGUGGUAAUGGCUUGAUGCUAAAUAUUCAAGAUCCAUCAUUUGAUGAUUCAUCAGACAAACUGAAAAGUAAUAAAAGACUGGGCUUGGGAAACUGGAAUGAUGCUAUGCAAAGUGCUGCGAAAACUUUAAAAUCUGAGCAACAAGCAACAGUGAAAACCAAUGAAAGGCCAUUAAUUAGAGAUUCUGUACCAAUAUCUCCAGAAGAACAAGUAUCUAUUUUAUUGGAUUCUGCAGAUGGUGGAGCAAAAAUGAUUGUUUCUUGAAUUCGAACUUUUAAUUCUAUAUUUAAAAAGAGAUUGCGAUG